ACCUCGAAUCUCGAAGCUUAUUGUUUUUAAAAAGAUUGACAUAAUGUUGCAAAAAACGUGUAAACUGUAUUUUGCAGCGAUGCCGUUUGAUUCUUUAACUGAAGUUUAUGAGUAAAUUUUACAUAAUGAUAUUUAAAAAAUAAAACUGUAGUACAUUUUCGGAUCAGAAUGGAAACUGGCCAAGCAAAUGCUACGAUUCGAACUUUUAGCGUGUUGCGAUUCGAUUUCGGAUUCGUUACGGAGUUACGAAGAACACAGGGUUCGAGUAAUGCUUCUGCGAACGUAACAUGGCAAUAGAACAAAAUGCCAAUACACAUCCAUGGUGUGGCAAUAAAACAGUGGCCUAGAUGUUUACUCUCAUGAUGUUUGCAAUUAGCAAGUCUCAAGGGCAUUGCAGCUAUUCUGAUGAAGCUUACCCAAAGGAACUUCUUCAUCGGCUAGAUGAAAUGAGACGAAAUGGGCAGAGUGGAUUCUGCGAUGUUAUCUUGAGAGUGGAGAACCAGGAUUUCACUUCUCACAAGAAUAUCCUGGCAUCUUGCUCAGAUUAUUUCUGUGCUAUGUUCAAUGGAAAUAUGAAGGAAAGUAGAGAGCGGGUGGUAAAACUAAAUGGAGUGGAUCCAGAAAUAAUGAAACAUGUAUUAAGGUACAUUUAUACUGGUGAAAUUCUUCUUCAACCCGAUAAUGUGGAGCUUGUGUUGCAGGCAGCGAAUCUAAUGCUGAUAAAAUCGCUAAAAGAUGCUUGUUGCAAGUAUCUUGUAAACUCUUUAAAUGUCAGCAAUUGUCUAGGAAUGCAAAGAUUUGCUGAAGCAUAUGCAUGUACUGAACUUCAUGAAACAAUAACAAAGUUUGUACAGGAUAAUUUUGGAUAUGUCACCUACAAUGACGAAUUUCUUCAUCUUUCGGAAUACCAACUUGCAUCAUUACUAUCUGCAGAUGAUUUGAGCGUCCUUAAUGAAGAGAAAGUAUACGAGGCUCUUAUAAGAUGGGUAAAAUAUGACCCAAGAAACAGAAAAAGGUGCUUCAAAGACCUGAUCGAACACAUCCGGUUUCCCAUGAUGUCGCCAGAUUACCUCAUCGAUCAGGUAGAAUCAGAGUCGUUGUUUCAAGAGUUUCCAAACUGCAGAGAACUAUUGACGGAAGCGCAUCAUUUCCAUCUUCUCCCAAGCCGAAGAGGUUGGUUUCAAACAGCCAGAACGCGGCCAAGAAAGUAUGAGAGUACCAAUGAACUUCUUGUUGCUUGUGGUGGUAAUGGAGAAGCUUCCAACAAUUCUACCAUAUACUCUUACAACCUGAUUAAAGGAAACUGGGUCGAGCUACCGAGGCUGUCACCCGAGAGAGGUUACCACGGAGUGUCCUCGAUCGAAGGUGAAAUGUACGUUGUUGGCGGAUUCAAUAAUCCUACUUCAGAUACCCUAGACACAGGAAAGAAGUAUGACGUCGAGACAAGCUCAUGGCACCCGAUAGCAUCAAUGCAUACCAAAAGAAGUAAAAUGAGUAUGGUGGAAUGUGGUGGGAUGCUUUACGUCAUGGGCGGCUUUGAUGGGACCACGACGAUUAACUCUGUCGAAUGUUACAACCCGGCAACCAAUAGAUGGAGAUUUGUGGCACCCAUGAUGACCCGUCGAAGGUGCACCUGUGCCGUAACCGUCAGUGGCUGCAUGAUCUACGUGAUUGGAGGCCACGAUGGCGCCCAGAUCCUAAACACUAUCGAAAAAUAUGACAUUGAAAGAGACGCCUGGAGCCUAACUGAUGUCGCCACAAUGGGCGAGCGGCGGUCUUUCCCGUGUUCAGUGACCAUAGAAGAAAGCAUCUACGUCAUGGGUGGCUAUGACGGAAACGACACGUUGCGGACAUGCGAGAUUUUCAACUCGUCGUCCAAUUCUUGGUCAAGCAUAGAGCCGAUGAAUGUGGCACGUUCGAAUGCCGGGGCAACGUUUAUGAACAGGAAAAUAUUCGUCGUUGGGGGCUGGGAUGGAGUGAGUCUGUCUUCGGUAGAGUUCUACGAUAUGGUGACGAACGAAUGGGUACGAGCAAAUAAUCUGCCAAGGCCGACCACGGGCAUAAGAUGUUGUGUACUGAUACAGCAACACUCUAACGAGCAAAAGCCAAAGCAUAAGUCAGGAAAAGCCGGAAGCUGCUGUAUAUCAUAA